AGCGCUCGCGCGGCUCGGUGCUUGAGGAGGCGCGCGGAGCCGUGACUGGGCUGUCGGUGAGCGGAACCGGCCGGCCGGCGGGCAGAAAUAAAUGGUUCUACACGAGAGAGAAGGAGGAGGAGACGCUGAGCUGUUGACCACGACUGAAGAAAUUCCUCGACAGUAGAGAGAGAGAGAGAGAGAGAGAGUAAAGUGUGUGAGUGAGUGACGGUUCUUUCCGUGUUUAGCCGAGAUGCCGCCGGUCCAGAGAACCGUGUCAGACCUGCGCUCCCGGGCUGAAGGAUAUGAAAAGACAGAGGACGCGUCAGAGAAGACCUCGUUAGCAGACCAGGAGGAUGCCCGACUGAUCUUCAUUAACCAGCCUCAGUUUACAAAGUUCUGCAGUAACCGUGUGAGCACGGCGAAGUACAACGUGCUCACUUUCCUGCCACGGUUCCUCUACUCACAAUUCAGAAGAGCGGCUAACUCCUUCUUUCUGUUCAUCGCCCUACUGCAGCAAAUUCCAGAUGUUUCUCCAACUGGACGUUGGACCACGCUGGUGCCGCUGCUCUUCAUCCUAGUGGUGGCGGCAGUGAAGGAGGUGAUCGAGGAUCUGAAACGUCACAAAGCCGAUAGCGUUGUGAACAAGAAAGAGACGCACGUGCUGAGAAAUGGAGCCUGGGAGAUUGUUCACUGGGAGAAGGUGUCGGUAGGGGAGGUAGUGCGAGCAUCCAACGGAGAUCAUCUCCCAGCUGACCUCAUCAUUCUGUCGUCCAGUGAACCUCAAGGAAUGUGUUAUAUAGAAACCUCAAACCUGGAUGGAGAAACCAAUCUCAAAAUCAGACAAGGCCUUCAGGUCACCUCUGAGAUAAAGGACAUCGACAGUCUGAUGCGUCUGUCUGGUCGUAUGGAGUGCGAGAGCCCCAACAGACACCUGUACGAGUUUGUAGGCAACAUCCGUUUGGAUGGACACAGCACGGUGCCGCUGGGUCCAGAUCAGAUCCUCCUGAGAGGCGCGCAGCUCAGAAACACACAGUGGGUGCACGGCAUUGUGGUUUACACAGGCCACGACACGAAGCUCAUGCAGAACUCCACACGGCCUCCACUGAAGCUGUCCAACGUCGAACGCAUCACCAACUUUCAGAUCCUAGUGCUGUUCGGCUGCUUGUUGGCCAUCUCUCUGGUUUGCUCCAUCGGACAAUCCAUCUGGAAGUACCAGUAUGGCGAUGACGCCUGGUACAUGGACCUCAACUAUGGCGGUGCUGCAAACUUUGGUCUAAACUUCCUCACCUUCAUCAUCCUCUUCAACAACUUGAUUCCCAUUAGUCUGCUGGUGACGUUGGAGGUGAUCAAGUUUAUUCAGGCCUACUUCAUCAACUGGGACACUGAUAUGCUGUAUGAAGUAACCAACACUCCGGCUAUGGCUCGAACGUCCAACCUGAAUGAAGAGCUGGGCCAGGUGAAGUACAUCUUUUCAGACAAAACUGGAACACUGACCUGCAAUGUGAUGCAGUUUAAGAAGUGUACCAUCGCUGGAGUGGCCUAUGGUCACAGCUCUCACUCGAUGGAGGAAGCUGGAUUUAAUGACCCCAGUUUACUGGAAAAUCUCCAAAGCAAUCAUCCCACUGCUGCUGUGAUCAUGGAGUUUAUGACCAUGAUGGCAAUCUGUCACACAGCCGUCCCUGAACGCAGCGAUGACUCAAUCGCCUACCAAGCUGCCUCUCCAGAUGAAGGAGCCCUGGUCCGUGCAGCACGUAACCUCGGCUUCGUUUUCUCAGCCAGGACUCCGGACAGUGUCAUCAUCGAGGCGCUUGGUCGAGAAGAGAAAUAUGAACUACUGCACGUGUUGGAGUUUACAAGUGCCAGGAAGAGGAUGUCGGUCAUCAUGCGCACUCCAUCCGGAAAGAUCCGGCUAUACUGUAAAGGAGCAGACACGGUCAUUUACGACCGCUUGGCUGAUAACUCCAAGUAUAAGGAUAUUACACUGAAACAUCUGGAGCAGUUUGCUACAGAGGGUUUGCGUACACUGUGUUUUGCCGUGGCAGACAUAUCCGAAUCGUUAUACCAGCAGUGGCAGGAAGUACAUCAUCGUGCCUGCACCUCUCUGCAGAACAGAGCACUCAAAAUGGAGGAGAGCUACGAGCUCAUUGAGAAGAACCUGCAGCUGCUUGGCGCCACUGCGAUCGAGGACAAGCUGCAGGAUCACGUCCCUGAGACUAUCGAGACCCUGAUGAAGGCUGACAUUAAGAUCUGGAUCCUGACCGGAGACAAGCAGGAGACCGCCAUCAAUAUAGGACACUCCUGCAAGCUGCUCACCAAGAACAUGGGCCUGCUGGUGAUUAAUGAGGAGACUCUGGAUGGGACGAGGGAGACUCUGAGCCACCACUGCAGCAUGCUGGGAGAUGCUCUGCAUAAGGAAAACGACUGUGCACUGAUCAUCGAUGGGAAGACGCUAAAGUACGCGCUCACCUUCGGAGUGCGCCAAUACUUCCUGGACUUGGCGCUGUCCUGCAAGGCUGUCAUAUGCUGCAGGGUUUCUCCUCUACAGAAGUCUGAGGUGGUGGAGAUGGUGAAGAAACAGGUGAAGGUCAUCACUCUGGCCAUCGGCGAUGGUGCCAACGAUGUAGGCAUGAUCCAGACCGCGCACGUUGGCGUUGGCAUCUCGGGCAACGAGGGACUACAAGCUGCCAACUCUUCUGACUAUUCUAUUGCACAGUUCAAGUAUUUGAAGAACCUCUUGCUGGUCCAUGGCGCCUGGAACUACAACAGAGUUGCUAAGUGCAUCCUGUACUGCUUCUACAAAAACAUCGUGCUAUAUAUUAUUGAGAUUUGGUUUGCCUUUGUGAACGGGUUCUCUGGUCAGAUUCUUUUCGAGCGUUGGUGCAUCGGCCUCUAUAACGUGAUCUUUACAGCCCUGCCACCCUUGACCCUGGGCAUUUUUGAACGUUCGUGCAGAAAAGAAAACAUGCUCAAAUACCCAGAAUUGUACAAAACCUCCCAGAAUGCCCAGGGCUUCAACACCAAGGUUUUUUGGGCUCAUUGUCUGAAUGGACUCUUCCACUCGGUCAUCCUCUUCUGGUUCCCCCUCAAAGCCUUCCAGCAUGAUAUGGUCUUCGGGAACGGAAAAACUCCAGACUAUCUGCUCCUGGGGAACAUGGUGUACACAUUUGUGGUGAUCACUGUGUGUCUGAAGGCAGGCUUGGAGACCUCCUCCUGGACCAUGUUUAGUCAUAUAGCCAUUUGGGGCAGCAUUGGAUUAUGGGUAGUGUUCUUUGGCAUCUACUCCUCUCUGUGGCCGCUUAUACCUCUGGCUCCAGAUAUGUCAGGAGAGGCAGAUAUGAUGUUCAAGUCUGGAGUCUUCUGGAUGGGGCUGUUUUUCAUUCCUGUCACUUCGCUGGUGUUUGACCUGGCUUACAAAGUUAUAAAGAAGGCAUGCUUCAAGACCCUGGUGGAUGAGGUUCAGGAACUAGAGGCUCUGUCGAAGGACCCUGGAGCGGUAGUUCAUGGGAAGAGUCUGACCGAGAGGGCUCAACUCCUGAAGAACGUGUUUAAGAAGAGCACGGUCAGCUUGUACCGCUCCGACUCCAUGCAGCAGAAUCUACUCCACGGCUACGCAUUCUCUCAGGACGAGAAUGGAGUGGUCUCCCAAUCAGAGGUCAUCAGGGCCUAUGACACCACCAAGCAGCGGCCCAAUGAGUGGUGAGAUUCGGCCCGGCCCCUCAGCCGCCAGUCAACCUUUUGAAGCUGACAGAAGUUAAGGCCUGUCAGGAUGUUUUUCUCCACCUCUCUUGCUGGAACUGAGUAGGACCGAGCAAGAAGUCAGUAUUUCGAAGGGGGGGGGGGGGGGGAGUAAGGAACAAAAUUAAUCUCUAGUUUUGAAAUUGUCACAGUGCAGCCCAGUUGCUGUGUGUUAAGCAGCAGAGUGUGGAUUCUGCUGGACUCCAUAACGACCCACCAAUCACAGCGAACGCUGCAAAGACACCAACAUGUUCUCUUCUGACAUUCACACUCCUGUAGUUAAAGCCAAAAGAAAUGUGGUGGGAUGAUGGUAUUAACCCCUUUCUGUUAAUGGUCUCCGAGUGUUUCCCUCAUCAGUGAUGACGUCUUAUCCUUUCUCCUGUCGCGCUACAUAAUCCCUGCUACAGAUCUUCUAAAAAUGGAAAUUGCCAAAGGGUACAGUCAUAGGAUUAUAAUAUAAGAUGUAUUAUUUGGUCAUUUUUACAAUUUUCUCCCCAAGUAUUUCUCCUCUUCUCCACUGAUUUUACUACUGCAGACCUGAAAAGAUUUGCUUGCUCUAAUUUCCUUCAUCUUUUUUUUAAUUUUUUUUUUAAUAAUCAGUUGUUUUGUGCCUGAUUCAGUUGUUUUUUGUGCCUGAAUCUGUUCCUGCAUUCCACAUGGCACAAAGCUGCGAAUCACAAAUGUGCCUAAUAGGAACUUUUUAGUCCCCCGAUGGAGAGUGUUUCAGACCCUUUAGCGAAGUAGAAUUUAUAAUCCAGUAACCCGUGAAGCUGCUGUUGUCUCUGCAGUGCCUGGCUGAUUCAUUUGAAUGGUGAGGCUGUUCUGAGCUUCAUGUUGAGUCUGUUCUCAGCCAGUUUGGAAAGUGUUUGUUUUCGAUGAUCCAAACGUUUGACUUUGGAGAAAUGGUGAGCUGAUCCCACAAAACUGAAGUGCCAUUAGCUUACGAGGAAGUAACGAGGACUUGGUAUAGAGGUGCACCCACUAUCAAAACGUCUUUGUGUCUUUUGUUAUUUUGUGAAUUUGUAUUUUUAUAUUGGACAAGUACAACUUUUUUGGAUCGAUCCGCUUUGUAACGAGACGUCGUUCUUGUUUUUGUCGUCAGCCUCCUGGAAGAUGAGUCUCAUAUCCCUGUGAGCUAGUGGAACUGUCCUGUUGACAUUAUUAAGGCUUCUUUCUUCUUUUAUGGUCGAGUUUGUGCACUAGUUCUCUUCUCCCUGUGGGAGAGCAGGUUCUAUAUUUGUGUGUGUAUUGAGUCUCGUCUGCAUGUGCAUGUGCGUGUGUGUGUGUGCUUGAAAGUGUGUGUGGGUGUGCGCGCGUGUACCUGUUGUUAAGCAUGUCUGUUUCAAAUUAACCCUGGGAGAAUAACUGCUAUUUCUUCAUGCUGAAUUCUUAAAUCCCUUUGUAUUUGAGAAAGAAGGGGUGGGUGGGUCUGUAUUCGACUGUGUGAGACUCCCAUGUCUGUGUCUGUCCUGUGUGUGAUGCUGCUCGCUCCUCGUCUGCAUGACUCCAGGUAUAAUCAGUGAGUUAUGUGCUGCUGCAUGGCCAUGUAUGUGUGUGGGAUGUGUGCUCGUGUGUGUAGGGGGUAGGGGUGAGGGAGGAGUGUGUAUGUGUCCCAGGCACAGAGGGGUUCUUGUCAGUGAUGCACUAACUAAAGCUUGACGGAUGAUGUUGCACACUACACUGUUAAUCUCUCCAGUGGUGGCGAGUAUCUCUGAUCUCGAGUAUUAUGUAUCUGUGUACACUUUUUUUUUUUUUUAAAGCUCACAGCGUAUCUCUUCUUUAAAAAGGAAUCUCAGCAUUUCCUUUCCAGCUAUUGUAAAGUACAGCUACAGUGCAUUUGUCGUCUUAUCGCUGCUUUCGGUGAGCGUUUUGUCUGGUGUUGGUUGUGGCCGGCUCUCGCUGAACUGAGUGCGGAGUUUUCGAACAGGAACCCAGUGACCAAGUUGGACUUGGGCGCUAAUAAAGCUGUUGUCUGUGGAUGUGGUUGACUGCAUGAAUGGAUUCAAUGUUAGUCGUACACUAAUUUUUCUUCUCCUGUCUGUCAGGUUGAAAGAAGGAAAAGCACUUCAAAAAAAAAAAAGUUUGUAUUAACCUUUUUGGUUGUCUUUUUAUUUUAAUUUUUUUUUUUUUUAAUUUUAUGUCUUCAUUGUUCAGCAUGUUGGGACUGCGAAAUUUUAAGUGUUCUGUCUUUUACUGCCAUAACAGACUAAUGAAAUAAACUUUACAACAUGA